CGCACGCGCACGUUUCCAGUUCUGCCCGCCCCUCAGCCGCCUCCUGUUGCUUCCCUGACCCCAAGAGCUCAGGCGGAGCUGCGGCUUCAGUCUGCGCCAACCUCAGACCUCAAAGCUUUACGUCCGCUACGUCCGCUGCGCCCGCCUGUGCCUACAGUGGUUCGAACAAUGUCUUUGGCCGCUUCACAGUCUCUGCUCCGGAACCGGGUGUUUGUGGUGGGGGUUGGGAUGACCAAGUUCACAAAGCCUGGAGUCGAGAACAGAGACUACCCUGACUUGGCAAAGGAAGCAGGCCAGAAAGCUUUAGCGGAUGCACAGAUCCCUUAUUCUGCAGUGGAGCAGGCAUUUAUUGGCUAUGUGUAUGGUGAGUCUGCCAGUGGGCAGAGGGCUAUCUAUCACAGUUUGGGACUGACUGGAAUUCCUAUAAUCAACGUCAACAAUAACUGUUCCACUGGCUCAACUGCUUUGUUUAUGGCCCGGCAACUGAUUCAGGGUGGUCUGGCAGAUUGUGUCAUGGCUCUUGGGUUUGAAAAGAUGGAAAAGGGACCCAUUGCAAUAACCGUUCAAGAUAGGGCUAAUCCAACUGAUAAACAUGUUGAAGUCAUGGUCAACAAGUAUGGAUUCUCUCCCGGACCAUUUGCUCCUCAGAUGUUUGGGAAUGCUGGAAAAGAGCACAUGGAAAAAUAUGGAACAACACUUGAACACUUUGCAAAAAUUGGAUGGAAAAAUCAUAAACAUUCAGUUAAUAACCCGUAUUCCCAGUUCCAAAAGGAGUACAGCUUAGAUGAAGUGAUGACGUCUCGAAAAAUUUUUGACUUUUUGACAGUCUUACAAUGUUGUCCCACUUCAGAUGGUGCUGCCGCAGCAAUUUUGGCUAGUGAAGCAUUUGUACAGAAGCAUAACCUGAAACCCAAAGCUGUGGAAAUUUUGGCUCAAGAGAUGGUGACUGAUAUGCCAAGCUCAUUUGAAGGAAAAAGCGUUAUUAAAAUGGUUGGUUUUGAUAUGAGUAAAGAAGCUGCCAGAAGGUGCUAUGAGAAAUCUGGCUUGAGACCAAGUGAUAUUGACGUAAUAGAACUUCACGAUUGCUUUUCUACCAAUGAACUUAUUACUUACGAAGCACUGGGACUGUGUCCAGAAGGUCAAGGUGGAAAACUGGUUGAAAGAGGAGAUAAUACUUAUGGAGGAAAGUGGGUCAUAAAUCCUAGUGGCGGAUUAAUUUCAAAGGGGCACCCACUUGGAGCUACAGGUCUGGCUCAGUGCGCUGAACUCUGCUGGCAACUGAGAGGGGAAGCCGGAAAAAGGCAAGUUCCUGGUGCAAAGGUUGCUCUGCAGCAUAAUUUAGGCAUCGGAGGAGCUGUCGUUGUUACGCUGUACAAGAUGGGCUUUCCUGAAGCUGCCAGUUCUUUUAGAACUCAUCAAAUUGAGGCUGCUCCAACCAGCUCUUCAGUUGAUGGAUUUAAGGCAAAUCUUGUCUUUAAGGAGAUUGAGAAGAAGCUUGAAGAUGAAGGAGAGCAGUUUGUGAAGAAAAUCGGUGGUAUUUUUGCCUUUAAGGUGAAGGAUGGCCCUGGGGGUAAAGAAGCCACCUGGGUGGUGGACGUGAAGAAUGGCAAAGGAUCAGUGCUCCCUAACUCAGAUAAGAAGGCCGACUGCACAAUUACAAUGGCCGACUCGGACUUAUUGGCUUUGAUGACUGGUAAAAUGAAUCCUCAGACGGCCUUCUUUCAAGGCAAAUUGAAAAUCAAUGGCAACAUGGGUCUGGCUAUGAAGUUACAAAAUCUCCAGCUUCAGCCUGGCAAAGCUAAGCUGUGAACUCCCUUUGCCUCCUUUGAAAAUCAAGAUGAGAUAUAUAGAUAUAUAUCCAUAUAUUUCAUUGUCAGAACUUAGAUUGAAACUAUACAUUGGGAAAUAGCAUGAGAUUUGUUUCUAAAUGGGUGUGAUCAAUUCUGUUUUUUCUAAGUGCUGGGUGAAUAGAACCUGAUGGUUUACUACUGCUGUGCUGAGUUGCAAACAACUGUGCAUUACAAAGUUAAUAUGGUAAUCAUGGUUUGGGGUAAAAUUGAGUUUUGGAAUAAAGUUAGAAAUAGCAAAAUACAAAAAGUAUGUAAACAGAAGCUCUCAUUUUGCUAAUAAUGUAUAUUUGAAGAUUAUUCUGCUGAAAUUUCAAGUUUUCCUUGGGAGAAUGAAGAAAGAAACAGAAUAUCAUUAUUAGCUGACCAGUAAUUAAUGUUGUGCAUUUAAUGACCUUAAUAUAUUUCCCAGUGAUAAUUUUUAAAAUUCUGUACUGGGAUUUUUGUUUUUAAAAAAAUAAACUUUAAAAUUUUGAAUUUCAUGCCAUCAAAGUGACAUUUUCUUCCCAAAUCAAAGAAAUGUGAUCAAAGCUUGGGAGUAAAAAUCUAUCACUGAACCCAGGCCUAUUUUUUAAAAUAAAAAUAUUUUAAAAUGAGAUUUGUUCUUGAAAAAAAUUAGUGUAUAAGUCACAAAAUGCUGUUUUGAAAGUAAUUCAAUGAAUGGAGUUUGCUUUGAGAUGCACAAUUUUCAAAUUAUAAUCUUGUAUUAAUUUAAAUUUGUAACAUUCUUAAUUAUAAUUUUCCUUUUUCCAUGUUAGUUUAACCACAUUUAUCUUCCUAGUUUUUCUAAUGCUAAUGUUAUUUCUAAUUACUCAGUAAAAUGUGGGGUAAAAUAAUGUUUUUGGAAGAAUAUUUAAUAUCAAAAUUAAAAUAGUUCUUCCUCA